AUGUUGCCAUGUGUCUGCUGGCUCCAGCCUUUCCUCGUCUUGCUGUCUUCUGUCUUACGGGCUCAGGGGGAAAACUGUCCAGCUAGCUGCCUGUGCCCGGACCCCCACACUGUGGACUGCAGCGGCCGUGGACUCACCCGUCUUCCUGAUGAAAUCCCCUUGGACGUCCGCAGGCUCCUUCUAUCUGACAACUGUAUCCCCCGCAUUCCCUCUGACUUCCUAGUGCUCUACAGUGACCUGGUCUACCUGGACCUACGGAACAACUCUUUGUCCCACAUCGAGCCGGGCACCCUCAGCACCUCUUCCAGGCUGGUGUUUCUGGACUUGGGCAGCAACAACCUGACUGAGAUCCCCUCGGGGACCUUUGGGCAGUCCCGUAGCCUGAUCAAACUCCGCCUGGGCAAUAACCCCUAUCUGAGCAGGGUCAACGAGGAUGCAUUCCUGGGCCUCACCUCCCUGCGUGAACUGGAGCUGGAGCGUAACGCCCUGUCUGGCCUUCAGGUGGGGGCGCUGAGCCAGUUGCCCUCUUUACGGGUGGUGAGACUGGAGGGCAACCCUUGGGUGUGCAACUGCAACUUUGCCAACCUGUUUGGAUGGCUGGAGGAAAACAGUCAAAAGCUUCCAAAUGGAGUGGAGGGCAUGGAGUGUUCAUUACCCAUGGACGGCAGACGGGUGUCCCUGAGCCAGCUAUCACAGGACAGCUUCCGGGAGUGUCAGAUCACCCUUACCUUAACAGACUUACUCAUCAUCAUAUUUUCUGGCAUCUCUGUGUCCGUAGUGGCCAUCAUGACCAGCUUCUUCCUGGCCUCCAUUGUCCACUGUUUCCAGCGCACAAGCAAAACCACUAAGGGAGAUGAGGAGGAGAGUGAGGAGUGA